GAAAAUCACACAAUCUUCGCGUAGUCGCUCGCAGUAGGCCAAGCAUUAUUUUGUUUCGCGUCCAGCGCGCACCUUGAUUAUUUUCUUCGAUCGAGCGCUCAAAUUUUGUUGUUGUUUACUUUGUUAAAUAUUCGGUGUUUUGCAGACUUUUUACGUUAUGGCGUUCAGAAAAUCGUUGGGAUUUCUUGUGGUCGCUGCUUUCUACAUUCAAAACGGUUUUGGUCUGCAAUGUUGGCAGUGCUCUAGCGACAUAGAGCCCGAAUGCCGCGACCAGUUCAACUACUCAAACUACGUGGGAGGAGGCUCCAACUAUCUCUACAGCGGAAACCAGGGUCAGUACGGAGGUCAAUACGACCAGGGCGGCAGGCAGUACGAUCAAGGUCGCGGGUACGACAGACCCUACGACCGUUUCGACCAGAACUCUCAGAGAGGGUACAACAGACCCGUGCAGCAGUUCUCGUCGAGGCAGUAUCCGCAGUUGGUGAAUUGCGAUGACCAGGGCGCCAACUUGAGGAGAAUGAAGAAUGUUUGCUAUAAGAGGAAGCAAACCAGUACCAACGGAUACACCACCAUAAUCAGGCGUUGCGAGACCGUGCCAUUGGACACCUACGCCGGAACCUGCUACGAUCCAGUCCAACGCGGCAUCUCCGUCAAUUUCUGCGAAUAUUGCGACUACGAUGGCUGUAACGGCGCCACCUCUGUCAAAAUCAACGUUCUGACAGCUCUCGUGCCAUUGUUAGCUUUCUUGAUUUACAAGGGACUAAUGCUGUAAUUUUAGGUUAUGCGUCGUGAGAUAUGUGUAGUGUCACUUAAUUUGUUUUUUAAUAACAUAUUGUAUUGUACAGGGUGUCCCAAAUUGGUUGUCCGUAUAGGCUAUCUCAGUAAAUAUAAAUGCUAGAAAAAAUUCGACCACGCAUCCCCGUCGUCUUUUUUAAAGAUACAUCGAAUGAUGUCUUUGAAUUUUCUCGAUUCGCAUUUGUUUAGGAGAUAUACCUAUUUUUCAAUUUUUCCCAAUUUUGACAAAUGCUUGUAGCUUCGUUAAUAUUUGAGUUACGAAUACAGGUUUAAAAUGUUAUGUAGACACUUUUUAUCACAGAAUUCAUUAGUGCCGACAUAUUUUUUUAGCUCUUUUAGGUUAAGAGAUAUGACCCUAUACGGACAACCAAUUUGGGACACCCUGUACAAGCUAAAAAUACCCCUGUAUAUUAACGUUAAAUGUAAUUUUUAUAGUUUAUUGUUCAAUUUCAGGCAUACAAUGUUUAAUGGUUUUUUAACC